CAUAAAUGCUCUUUGGCACAGAAGACACCUCUACAAUUGCCUCUUAAACACACAAACAACACGGAACAAGUGUCAUGUUUGACGGAGAGAAGGUUUCGCAGGAUAGAUGCAGCUAAUAUGAACCUAAAGGGUUAUGAUAGAGACUGCGGUGGAAGAAAAUGAUUGAAAUAAGCCAAAGGGUCUUUCUGGUGAUGCUGCAUUUUGUUACUCUCUGCGUGGCUGAUCAUCAGGACAGGUCAGUGGAGGAUGCGCUGGAGCACACUGGGGGUCGCGCACAGCCAGGACUCUGCCGCUAUGGUCAGACUACUUCCUGUUGUUUGGGAUGGAGGAAUGUUAAAGGCAUUUGUCAGCCUGUGUGCAAGAAGUUGUGUGUAAAUGGAAAAUGUGUGGGACCAGACAAGUGUUUAUGCUCCCCAGGGUAUAAAGGACAUCAGUGUGAUGAAGAUGUGAAUGAGUGCGGUUUCCUGGAGAGACCGUGUUCCCAGCGCUGCAUGAAUACACACGGUAGCUAUCGCUGUUACUGUGAACCUGGAUACACACUCAGUGCAGAUGGAUACACCUGCACCAGAGAGGCCGCAUGUUUCUCCCUGCGCUGCCAGUUUGGUUGCCAGAUGGAGAGAAGGGGAGCGGUGCGCUGUCUGUGUCCCCCCGGCCUCCACCUGGCCGCUGACAACAAGACCUGCGAAGAUGUUGAUGAGUGUCGGCGGGAUGCUGAUGUGUGUCCACCACGACAGACCUGCAAGAACACUUUCGGCAGCUUUGUGUGUGUGUGCCAAGAUGGCUACGUGAUGGGGAUGCUCCAGGGCUCCGUACAAUGUCGAGAUAAGAAUGAAUGUUUAACCGGGUCCCAACGGUGCAGCCGGCAUGCUCAGUGCGUAAACACAGAUGGUUCUUACACCUGUCAGUGUUCGGAGGACUACUUUGGCAACGGACGCACCUGCUGGCCCAGGAGAGCCCCACAGUCCAAGGCUGUCAUGUACUUCAACUACAAACUCUCCAAAAGGACCAAGCCCAUAAGUCCUUCACCUUAGAGCUACUUCUUUAAACCUACGUAGCCUACAUGGCUCAAAUGAAAAGGGGCAUGCAACAUCAGAGGGAAAUUAAAGAGCUGUUAAGGAUAAAACAGUAGUAAAAAAAUGUGUGGAUGUUUUCAACACUCUCAGAAAAAGUAUUGUGUUAAGUAAUAUUAAUUUCAGCAUAAACCUAUUUUUCUGUUGUUUUGUUUUCUGCCGUUAUUUUCCUUCCCAGUCAGCAAAGCAAAAACCUGGAAUACUCCCCGCACCAUUAGCUGCUUGUUUGAUGUCUGUUGAAGGAACCCUUCAUUUAAGAAAUGCACAACAACAGGACCACACUCUCUAGUUUGCUUGUGUGCACUUCAUUCCCAAAUGGACUGUGAUGACAGGAGGGCUUUCCUUGAGUUGACAUCACCAGUGUCUCCCAAAUGCCAGCCCCUGUUAGUGCGUGUGGGACCUACUUUGAAAACUUUAAAAUUGCAAACAUUGCUUAUGAAACAUUAGUAGUUUAAUAAAUAUUCCAUUUAGUUUUCUUCAUGAAAAAAAUGCGAGACUUUGUUAAUAAAAGGCUGACCUCUGGUGGAUGGAUAACAGAAGAUGCAACACCUCUGCUAGCUCCACAGUGAACUCGGAAGAAUGUGGCUGAAACAAAAUGCUAUGAAAGGAAAUUAACUGUUAUUUGUAACAUAUGUUGUGUCUGUAAAGGGUUAUUAUGAUGCAGUUUUUCUGAAUUUCAAAUAAAAAAUGUA